AUGACUGUGCUUGUGGUUCUCAGCAGCUCCGUUCUUGCGUGGGUCAUCUGGACGCUCAUUUCUUUACUUUCAAAUUACCUGACUGCACGUCGGAUCGGACUGCCGAUCAUAAUCAGUCCAGUCAGCAGCCUCAACCCCUACUGGAUUCUGACCUACAGAGCCCUUCCAAUACUUCCGCUCCUCCAGUCUUUACCCUUCAAUUUGGGAAAAUGGAGUCGAUGCACCUACAUGGGAUGGAGUUUCGACGACAAGUACCUACUACACAAGGAGCUUGGCAGUGCUUUCACCUUGGUCACUCCAAGCGUGAAUGAAGUCUGGAUUGCGGACUCGGACGCAGCUUAUGUGGUGCUUUCGAGGAGGAAAGAUUACAUCAAGCCAGCAAAGAUGUAUCAGCCAUUAGCUAUCUUUGGCCCCAAUGUAAAUACCGUUGAAGGUGAUGAUUGGCAGCGACACCGCAAGCUUACUGCUCCUAGUUUCAAUGAAAAGACCAGUACUUCUGUUUGGGAUGAGGCUUUGCGUCAGGCUGGAGACAUGCUGCAUUCAUGGAUGGAAAGAAGUACUAAUGGCACCAGAGAUACCGUCGCGCAUACGGCGACAUUAGCUCUACAUGUUCUGACAGGCGCCGGGUUUGGCAUCUCAUAUUCAUAUGGAAAAGGAGUGCAAACCCCUCCUGAGGGGCAUGAUAUAUCAUACCGAGAUGCCUUGCUCACCGUUUUGCAAAGUGUCGUUUUACUUUCGACCGUUCCUCGGAGCUGGAUGACGUUCCGAUUUUCUCCAGCGAAGCUCCGUAAAGUUGACCAAGCCACGAAAGAAUUUCAACUUUACAUGGCUGAAAUGCUCAUCAAUGAGCGAAGCCAGAUCCACAAGCGAUCGUCCCAGUCGAGAAACUUAUUGACUGCCUUAGUGCGAGCUUCAGAAGAAGCCAAGGAGUCCAGUCAUGAGAUAUCCCAUCAAGGCCUCACCGAUGACGAAAUCUUCGGAAACAUCUUCAUCUACAAUCUAGCCGGUUACGAAACGACAGCGAACACCAUAGCUACUGGCAUUUUCUUAUUGGCUGCCUACCCUGAAUGGCAGGAAUGGGUGGCAGAAGAAAUCAAUCUUGUGUUUGAUGAGGAAGAAGAUUCACCGGGUGGGAGGUACGAAGAAGCCUUCCCUAAACUCAGAAGGUGCCUUGCGGUGAUGUUUGAGAUACUCCGUCUUCAUGGCUCCAAUGUAUAUAUCCCCAGAACCACUGGAUCUGUUGAUUCAGCCCUGCAUAUAAACGGGAAAAACUACAUCAUUCCAUCCGGCACGUUCACCAUGACCAACCUGCAAGCUCUCCAUACGGAUCCUCGCUCUUGGGGUUUGGACUCCCUCGUAUGGCGCCCGAGCCGUUGGUUGGUUUCCACGCCAGACACUGUGGCAUCUGGUUACACCAAAGAACUCAUCGAGCCUAUCAAAGGCACGUUUCUUCCCUGGGCUGAUGGCCCACGUGUAUGCCCAGGACGGAAAGUUGCGCAGGUAGAGUUUGUCGCCGUUAUGGUGGCGCUCUUCCGAAAGCACAGAGUACAGCCUGUGUUGAUGGAGGGUGAGAGCGCGGAUGCAGGCAAGGAGAGAUUGCGGGAUAUAGUGAAUGACUCUGGUUUAUCGGCUGUUACGAUGCAGAUGCGAUGUCCAAGAGCUGCAGCUCUUAUGUGGAGGAGAGUGGAGUGA